CUAGACUUCACUUUCCACGCGUAGUUAGGCCAUCAAUUUCUACGUCAUAUCACGAGGUACCUCUCGCGUGCUUGCCAUGUUGUAGUCCACUUGCGUGAACUGCAACCUCAUAACCAUCUCUACCACUAACACUGCUUACUAACCGCCACUUCCACUCCUACUUGCUUUGAGCGACUCUGCUCGCUCCGGUGGUAGUAUGAUGCAAAGCUUGUGAACCUGUAUGCUCCUUUCUCUAUCAUCCAAUUGCGCAUAGCGGGCGUUAAGGCGCAGGGACAACGGAUACAGCACCCACGAUGCUCCAGCCGACGUCCAUAGGAGAUGAGGCGCUGUGCCACGAACUUCUCCACCAGCCAUCCAACUUCGAAUACCGCUACACCAGCGCCGCCGACCGCCAUCUCCGCCAGGUGCUCUUCCGCUCUCUCGCCGCUAACCGCAACGACUACCUACGCCUACUUUUCCCGGACGGGCCGCCGGUUGACCGCUCACGGCCAUGGUCACUGAAAGAAGCGCAAGGGGCGCAGGAUGGCGCAGAGUAUACCGCGGCAGCUAAGGGGACCGCAUGCGGGCACAUCUUCAAAACCGGCGAGAGCACGUACCAGUGCAAAACGUGUGCCGCAGACGAUACUUGUGUGCUGUGUUCGCGGUGCUUCGAGAGUAGUGAUCACGAGGGUCAUAACGUCUUCAUCUCUGUCUCGCCAGGCAACAGCGGCUGCUGCGACUGCGGAGACAGCGAGGCGUGGCGGCGGGAGGUGAGGUGCUCGAUACAUACGGCUGGCACGCCGGAUCAACAUGCGGCACAUGCGCACAAGGACAAGGCGAAGGCACCGGUCAUAGGGUCGCAGCUACCGCCUGAUUUGGUGGAGGCGAUACGAAUGACUAUUGCGAGGGUGGUAGACUACCUAUGUGACGUCUUUUCGUGCUCGCCGGAGCAGCUGCGCCUGCCUAAGAGUGAGACGUCCGUGCGGCUGGACGAAGAGACGUCUCACCUCGGCCUGCCGUAUGGACAGGAGCCUGCUGAGCCGCAGCCCGAGUUUGCGCUUGUGCUGUGGAAUGAUGAGAAGCAUACGGUAGACGAUGUGCAGAAUCAGGUCGCGCGAGCAUGCAGCGAGACGAAGCGCUUUGGGCGGAACAAAGCUAUGGAAGUCGACGCGGUUGGGCGCUCUGUCAUACGAUAUUCCACUGACGUGCGAGAAUUGUUACGGAUGGCGGAGAUUAUCGAGCAGAUCAAAGUCACCGUCACAAUACGCUCGUCACGCGACACUUUCCGGGAGCAGAUGUGCUCAACCAUUGCCGACUGGAUUCAGGACAUCUCGGGCUGCGCGGUAGGACCGGACACUUACAUCCUUCGGAACACUGUUUGCGAGGAGCUGCUAAAACCAUGGCGAAGUGGUAGUCAAGGCACUAAUGCGGAUGUGGGUAAGGGUGGUAUUGACGAUCAUGAAAUGGAUGAGAAUGAAAAACUCCGCAGAAGAUACCGCACUUGGUUGCAGCCUUUUACAACGCAGCCUGGUGCGCCGAAUGUAGUGCGAGUGCAGAUGGCGCCGGAGCCAGAAGAGACGAAUGACGACGACAACAACGAAAUCUUCGAGGACGAGAAUGACGAGGAAGACGAUGUUUACGAAGAAAUGGAGGUGGAGGACGAAGGGAUGGAAAUUGACGUGGAAGAUAUUCGCCGAGCGGCCAACGCAGCUAUGGCCGCUCAGGCAGAUGCGGCAGACAUGGACAUUGACUAUAUGGACGAGAACGAAGACGUUACGGAGGCUUUGGAAGCAACGCUGGCUGGCUACCCGCCUCCACCGCCUCCACCGCCACCAGCUCUACGGCGGAGACAUCGCAUCUUCACGCCUGCGGAAAGCGAGGACGGUGACGGCACCGAAACGACACCGGCGUCCAACGCACCCUACAGCCACCUCCCCAAGACGCCCAAGACGAAGGGUGUGAUCAAAGGACCCACUCGUCCGAGCAAGCACUGGCUGGAGAAGCCCGAAGCGUACCGUGCGCCACGACCGAGCGAGCCGUGCGAGGAUUUGUGGCAACGCGUACGGCUCGAUUUUCUCAUCCUUUACGAUCUGCGGUUAUGGAAGGUCCUUCGUGUCAAUCUGCGACACCUCUACAUCACCACCGUCGUCACCAUACCCAACUUCAAGCGCAUCCUCGGUCUGCGGUUUGCCGGACUGUAUACGACCCUCGCUCAGCUAUACUUGAUUGCGGACCGGGAGCCGGAUCACAGCAUUAUCAACCUCAGCGUGCAGAUGCUGACCACACCCAGCAUAACGGAGGAGGUAGUCGAGCGUGGAAACUUCUUCACAAACCUGAUGGCAAUCCUCUACACCUUCCUCACCACUCGCCAAGUCGGCUUUCCGGAGGAAGUCAACCUGAAAGCAACUCUCGCUUUCGAUGCCGGUGCUGUGACCAACCGUCGCAUCUUCCACUUCUUUAUGGACUUGCGCUGGCUGUGCCAAUCGGAAUUCAUCCACUACAAAACUCGCGUUGAGCCGCGCUACCUCCUUCAAUUCCUUGACCUCGUGAAGCUGCACCAGGGUAUCUGCCCGAAUGUGCGCGCUACGGCCGAGCAUGUCGAGUAUGAGUCCGAUGCUUGGAUCAGCGCCAGUAUGAUUGUGAAGGAGGUCAAUAAACUGUGCAAGCAAAUCGCUGCGUCCUUCGAGCCGAAAGCGGACAUGUUGGAGGAGCACUACAUGCAUCUCCAGCGUGCGUUACGAACGGUUGCGCAGGUAACGAUGAUUAACUCGUUUGGGUAUGAAAGGAAACGCUUCGUUGCUGCUGAGCUCAAGGACGACUUAGCCUGGCAUAUCAUCGGACCAGUUUGGGAAGAGGGGCGAAAGUACAGCGUCCCGAAGUGCGUCGUUCAGUCCGAGCCCAUGAGUUUCCACCAUCCACUCCACUACCUGCUCUCCUGGCUGAUCGAAGACGCUCGAACCAUGUCCCGAGAUGAACUCCGCGCUCUCCUCAGCUUCUCCCCCGACGACCUCAAGGAUCCCUGGAACCCGUCCCGCACGACAACAUCCGCACCGAACACUCUAACUUCCGACGAACUGCUGAGCUCCAUCUUUGACCAUCCCCUCCGCACGUACGUCUGGCUUGCGCAAAUGAAGGCCGGGAUGUGGGUACGCAACGGUAUCACGCUGCGCCACCAGGCGCACACGUACCGCAGCGUGAACCACCGCGAUGUCGGCUAUCAGCGCGACAUCCUCAUGAUCCAAGCUGGACUCGUGCUUUGCGGAGCCGAGAACGAGUUACCAGGUGAGCGUUUUCUGGCGCAGAUGUUGGAUCGCUUUGAGAUGGAGUUGUGGGCGCAUGGGUGGUACUCCGUUCCCGAUGGGUUUGAGGAGGCGCAGCAUCUUGAUGUGGUUGAAGAGUUCUUCCACUUGCUCGUCAUUGCGCUCAGUGAGCGUGGUAAUCUCGUGCCCGGGCCGGAACGGUCUGACCGGAAUCUGCAGCGAGACAUUGCGCAUGCGCUUUGCUUUAAGCCGCUUUCCUUUUCAGACCUUAAGGCUAGGUUGACAGAUAAGGUCGGCGAUUCGGAUGAAUUCGCGCAGGCGUUGCAGAGUAUGACCAACUACCGCGCGCCGGAGGGAAUGUCUGAUACUGGGACGUUUGAGCUGAAGGCUGAGUAUGUUGAGAUGGUUGACCCGUAUUAUGCGCAUUACUCGCGCAAUCACCGAGAAGAGGCGGAGAAUAUCUAUAAGAAGCAUGUGGCCCGCAAGACUGGCAGGAGACCGGAGGAUGUGGUGUUCGAACCUAAGCUGCCGGCGAUCGAGGCGGGACUGUUUGCGCACCUGUCGGCGUUCACGAGGACGCCGCUGUUCGUGCAGAUCAUCUGUGCGGCAUUGGGGUAUGCGCAGUGCAGAAGAGUGCUCAUACCGAACAUGCCUGCGACGAGGGUUGAGACCUUCUUGCAUAUGGUGCUGCAUCUGGUACUCCUUGCUGUGAUCGAGGACCGACCGGGCAGUGGCGAGCAUGGCUUUACGGACCUCGCCGCUACGUUCAUCGGUGAUUUGGCUGGGGACAGAAAUGAGACCAUCGUGUUGCUGCUCGUCACACUCUCGAAGAAGGAAGAGUACGCCGCUUGUCAUGCUAGUAUCAAGCAUAUACUGCGCAAGAUGCAGCUUCGCCAGCCAGAUAAGCUGAGCACGGUCAUGGGUCCACUUAGCUCCGUUCUCGACCGCAGCAACACCGGCUCGCCGGCCUCACUCCCCGCUGAAGAUAAGGAGAAGAAGAAGCAGGAGGCUUUGGCUCGUCAGGCACGGGUGAUGGCAAGGAUGAAGGAGCAGCAGCAAUCCUUCAUGCAGAACCAAGGGUUGGCUGCCUUCAGAGACGACGGCGACGACUUUGACGAAUACGAUGAAAUGUCCGUUACCGCAGAUGAUGUGGGAGGAUGGCAGCAGGAACCGCAGAGGAAGACGUGGCAGUUCCCGAGCGGGACUUGUAUUCUGUGUCAGGAGGAUACGGAUGAUCAGCGACUUUACGGCACGUUUGCGUAUCUGGGUGAGAGCAACAUCUUGCGGACAACCCCGGUAAAUGAUCCGGAGUUUGUGAAGGAGGUGUUUGGUACGCCUGACAGUCUUGAUCGACCCGCUGACCAGAUUCGGCCGUUCGGUGUUGCGGGUGCGAAUAAGCAGACGAUCACCAAGGUCACCGCAGACGGCAGCAAUGUCAGUUUCGAACGACAAGGACUCUCGAGGGGCUUUCCACAUCAGCAUAACGCUACCGGGUGUGCGAACCCGAUCUCGACCAGCUGCGGCCAUAUCAUGCACUUUGCGUGCUUUGAGCUGUAUGUUACGGCUACUCAGCGCCGACACAACCAGCAGAUUGCGCGCAACCAUCCCGAGCGCAUCGAGCUCAAGGAAUUCACUUGCCCGCUGUGCAAAGCGCUGGGCAAUACCUUCGUGCCUAUCAUCUGGAAGGCAAAAGAGUGCGCUCAUGACUAUGAGCUGCAGAAGGCGAAAUCGCUGGCUGACUGGCUCGCGUCCAACACGAGUGACGAGAUCGAUACGGGCCUUUUGCUGCAGGUGACUACGGCUGCGGACGGCUCGAGUAUUGCACUGCGUCCGUUCGAGCGAGAUGCGCUGUCGACAAGGGCCUCGCAAUAUGUGGCGAACAUGUUCUCGCCGUCGCUAGUCUCGGUGUUGCAACAGCUCAGCCUCAACUCGCCGCCUGCGGCAUCAUCUUCCUCUUCCAGCAGUAGUCCGGCGCCGCAUACGCGGUUGAGGAGGGGUUACAGCUUGUCGUCUCUGUUCCGCAUUGGACGCGGUGACAGUGGCGGCGGUCAAGAUGGCGGUAGUAACUUCCUACCUACCCUGUCUCCGUCAGCGGUGGAGCAUCAUCAACAACCUCGCAUGACGGAGCUGAUGAAGGCGUACGCGCGCAUCAAGGAAACUGUUCGGAUCAACGGUUUGGGUGUUCCUGCUGUUACAGUUGACGAACGACUUCAUGGGGCAGACACACUCGUGGCACUCUCCCGAGCGCUUGCCCUCACGCUCACCGCAUUCGAGAUUGCGCAUCGUGGGGUCGGCCCUCAAGAAGCCGCAUCGAUCUCGUUGGUGGGCGAGAUGUCCGAGCAAAGUCUCACCCACCUACGGAUCUUAUCCGAGACUGUGCAGUCGUACUUAGCCGUGAACGUCCUCCGCAACAACGGCGAAAAGUCCUACGGACAAGAAGUGCAGGCCACGAAUAUCUUGCGGCUUGGCGCCGUGAUGACGGCCAAGUUGUUCGGCUUUGAGAACGAAGUGGUCAUGAUGAAGGUGAGGGAAGUGGGUGAGACGCUGCUGUUCGAGGACGACAUCUUCCUCUUCUUCUCCGACUGGCUGUCCCUAAAAGGUCCUACCGUGGCCGAUGCCGCGGAUGUUCUACAGUUAUGCUAUUGGGCUGAGGUGGUCAAGACGGUGUUUGUGUAUCGCUGGCUGGUCCGGGAUCCGGACUAUGAGAAGAGCUCGAUCCUGCCCUUCGUCGACGAGGAGGAUCCAGUGGCUCAGCCGGUUAGCGAUGCUUUCAAGCUGGCCGUUUCCGGGCUCGUCAUGGAAGAUCAGCUCCGAUAUGGCAUGCCACUGUCAAACCUUCAGCUACGUGCCUUCCAGGUGCUGAUCAGCAAGUACGCGCUGGCCUUCCUGCGGAAGGCAAUCGUGCUCAUGCAUGUGCAUUACGGGCUGGACUUUGAGAGCCCGUACAAUCUCGAUGCGAAUCUACCGGAGCUUCAGCGGCUGAGCUCUUUACUCCACAUGCCCUCCGUUGAUGAUCUUUGCACGCUGUACACCUCUCACAGUGUUGGUGGCGACAGGCUCCGUCAGGUUACCAAACGCUGGACCGCGCAGGCUGCUGUUAUCAGCGAUCUAAGACCAAGGAGCGAAGGCUCCAAUGAGUUGAUCCGUAUGUCGCACCCCGCGAUCUUCGAGCUCGUUGGCCUACCCAAGAACUACGAUACCCUAACCGAAGAGGCGUUAAAACGCCGCUGCCCAACUACUGGCAAAGAGCUCACUGAUCCAGUCGUUUGCUUGUUUUGUGGAGAGAUACACUGCGGACAGGGCCUCUGCUGUAUGAAGGACAAGAAUAAGGGCGGCUGCUAUCAGCACAUGGCGAAACACCGAGAAUCUUUCGGUCUCUUCCUCAACAUCCGGAAGUGCAUGGUGCUCUUCUUACACAACCCGGGCCAACGAAAAGCGCUUGACGGAAUCGCUACCAAUGGCGGGCUUGAGAGUGAUGGACCGAAUGGCAGCUGGAUGCAUGCGCCAUAUCUUGAUAAGCAUGGCGAGCCCGAUCCGACUUUGAGGAGGCAUCAUCAGUUGUUCCUGCAUCAGCGACGGUAUGAUAAGCUGUUGAGGGAGGCGUGGUUAAUGCAUAUGAUUCCUACCGUUAUUUCGAGGAAGUUGGAGGCGGAUAUCAAUCCUGGUGGGUGGGAGACUUUGUGAGCAUGGCGCUGGGAGGAGUAGGAGGGUUGUGAUGGCAUGUUUGCAUAUCAGGCUUCAUAGCGGGCUAGUGAGCCUAUACCUACAUACCCCAUUAUAUGUGCAUGAAUAUGUACAACAUCGAUAUUACUAGGACUCAA